CAAGGCGACCAGAAGACAGCAGAAGCCUGAGGGCUGGAGAGAUGGAGUCUGUGGUUUAAAAUAGAGGGAGGGAGAGAGAGAGAGAGAGAUAAUUCAGGCUAGUAAAAGAAUAAUAAGAAAUAUAUUAAACUGGAGGAAAACGGAAUAAGCAUGAGGUACAGUCUGGUCCGUCUGCUAUAGGUGAGAGCGAUUGCUUCAAAGCCCAGAACAAACGAUAAGUCAAGGAUACAUUAUAUAACCUGAUAUCUAUAAUCUUAAAUAAACUUGGGGGAAAGACCAGAGAUCCAAAUCCAGGAGAGUUGGAAGAGAAAAGCGCUGAAAAUCGCCAGUUCUCCAAAACCUGUUGCAACUGUCUUUGAGAACCAGUGACUUGCUGGGGGUAUUACUGCACCCAAGUGUUCUUUUGAAAACCGCUACCUUAUAGAAGACGUUUAUAACACCGGGAAAAUUAAACAAAAGACUCACUGGUAAAACUGGAAAGAAAAGGUGGGAGGAAAUUUAAAAAUUGGAUGCAAAAGGUCAGUGGUUAGCUAAGGAUGGAGGACAAAAUACCAGCCAGCAAACAUAAGGCAAAGUCAACCACAAAUCUGACUGCUGAGUCAGCAGCAAAGAAGAAAAUUAAGAAAAAGAGAGAUAAGGAGAAGAAGAAAUCCUCUAAGAUAAGAAAUUCUUCAAGUACGCCAUCGACUUCAGACGAGACUGUUUCGGCUCAUAAACAUGGGAAAAGCAGCAAACGCCAUUCACAUUCUGCAUCUCCAAACAUUGAAAAACCAGCUGGUCAAGGGGAUGCCAAACAAAGUCCCAAACCUACGAAUGUCAGCAAUGAAGCCGCUAGAAGUCAGGGUUCAGACGGUGGCUCCUUUUACUCUGUAGAUCAGCUUGCUACCUCAAUAAAUGCAACUCUGCGGUGGGAUGGCGUUCUUGAAGAUCCUGUGGCAGAAGAGGAGAGGAUCAAACUUUACAAGCUAAAUCGGCAGCUGAGGUACCUGGCUGCCCAGAAGAGCGCGCGCAAGGAUCUUCAAUUUUGCCAACAGGAGCUUUCUGAUAUUCAAUCUCAUAAGGAGAAUCCAUAUGUCAUCAGCAAUAAAACAUUGCAGCAGCUAGCUGCAAAGGAUCAUUCCAACUCUUAUUUUGUAGGCCAAAGAUCCUGAAGUCCAAAUUUCAUAGUUACCUGAGCCAGAAUCCCAGUCCGUACCCCUCCAAUCCCACAAUGUUCCUUGCAGUUAUAAAUCUACAAAUAUAAAUAUGGAAGUGGUUUAAAUUCCCCUUUCUAUAAGGUUUCUUAAAUGUGGUAGAAAAAAAUCUGUUUGAAUCAACCAGGCCACAUUAUGGCUAUUGUGUUUCAAAUCUCUUCGUUUUUGGUUUCAGAAGGUUGAUUAGUGCACUUUUUGAUCAUUUGAGGCAAUCUAUUUAGGCACUGCAACAUUCUGUAAUCACAAGAUGUUUUGAACUCAGCAAAGAGAAAUAUAAGGGGUUUGAAUCUGAUUGUGUUUCCUUUUUUGGGGGAGAAUAACAGAGAUCCUUACAUCUGAAAUGGUUAUAUAUUCCAGUUAUCAUUAUCAGGUAAAACCAGUUGGCAUUUAAACCUACAAUUGCUCACGCCAAUGGCUUUUUUCCUCAUGCAAAUUCAGACCAAACCAUACUUGUUAAGGUGCUUGAAUAUAUUUUGUACAUGUAAUUUAUAACCUAGGAAGCCAAAGUGUCCACCUUCUUUCUGUGAAAUUUUGCUCGGUGGUGAACGCCAGUAUAAAAUGGCGAUAAUUUGAUUUUAAGGUGGAGUAAAGUACAGUGACUGAUAAGACACCAGGCUGCUCCUGCAACUCUCUUAAAAAGGAAGAGCAGCCCAAUGGAAGUUAAGCAGUGGCUCCAUGGGAGUGAAAAAUCACACCAUCGAGGCACCUCUGACUGCUCCCAUACGGAGUAGCCAUUCCAGGUCUCACUGGCAAUACUCUGAACUGGAUCAUCCUUGCUGCCCCCUCAGAUGGCAUGUGAUCAAUUUCUAAUGUGAAAUUAUCACCAAUUUUAUUAAUACACAUUAAGACACUUUAGUUGGUGGAUUUAUCAGUUGUUAGUGAUGUGGAUUCAAAGGUGCAAAGGAAAAAUUAUGUGAUGUUGCACUGAUGCACAGAGCAUGUUCAGUGCUCCAAAAACACCAUUUUGUCUUCUGGUGAGUUAAAGAUGUAUUGGAAAACAGAGCUUUUCUUUUUACCAUGGUAGAAUUGACCACAAAUUAUUGCAUGAUUUUGUUUAGGUGAGUCAAAUAAUGUUGUGCUCUCAGUAGAAAUCUUUUAGCCCAUUGAAGAUCCUGCUUGAUUGUACAUCCAAUUUUUUAGAUUCAGCCUGUGCCUUAUCUUUGUCAAAGUCCCACAUUCCAAAUGCUUCUUAUAUUUCUAUCAUACUCAAGAAUGGGCAGCAGUGUUCUGAGACUAAGAGAAAACUGACACUUUCAAGUGUAAAAAUGUUUCAUCCAAAAAAAUCAGCACUGAAAAGAUAUUAAAUGAAUAUAUGCUAAAAGAA